AUGCCUGCUCCGCAUCUAUUCGGCUUAUUCGGAUACAUGCCCCUGAACGAAGCGCAUCAAGAUGCUGAAGGGCUCAAGAUCUACCCUGAUCUGGCCAACGCUGCUGGCACCGGUUCGCAUUGCGAUUUCACGUGGCUCGAUCACGGUGUUCCCGGCUACCUCUAUGCGGAGAGAAACCUUGACUUUAACUUGGUCCAACAGCAGCACUAUAGAAUUGUCAGAGUCGAAGAUGCUGGAGGCCGCCAGAUCGAGGUCGAACCUGUGGAGUACACGGUGAUACUGUCCCCUGAGACCGCCGACACCAAUGUCGCCCACAAUCACACUCUGUUCAACGGCUCCAUGCCGGCCCCGCACUUGUUCGGCCUACACGGGUACACGCCUCUGAGCCAAGCGCCUGAACACGCUGAACAUCUCAAGAUCUAUCCCGACCUGGCCAAUGCUGCUGGCACCGGCCCACACGCCGACUUCUCGUGGAUCUUGGAGGGGGUUCCCGGCUACCUCAUUCAGGACAAGAAGCUCAGGGACGAGGCGCUCGACAAGCGGCAUUACAGAAUUGUAAAGGUGGAAGAUGCUGGAGGCCGCCAAAUCGAGAACGAAUCUGCGGAGUAUACAGUGGUGCUAGCCGCAGAUACGGCAGAACGCAACGUCAAGCACAAUCACGACCUCUUCCAGGGCAGACUGCCUCCACCCCACCUGUUUGGUCUGUAUGGCCGCGUGCCGUUGAGUCAGGUAGGUGACGAGGUGCCGGAAGGAACCAAGAUCUGGCCUGACUUGGCCACCGUCAACGGCACUUCGCCGCACCACGACUUCGGCUGGCAGCUGUGGGGCAUCCCGAGCUACCUUGUGACGAACAGGGAUCUCGAUCGAGAUCUACUAGAGCAAGGUCACUACCAAAUCGUUCCAUUGGUCGCAUCGUCGAGUGUGACGGCUCAAUAG